UCUCAAAAUAUCACCCUAGGUCUAUAUACGAAUUUGGGCCUACCACAUACUUUAAUGCACAAAAAACUUCUUUUCCUGAAUAUACACUGCUGGAACUAGGGUACGUCUAAUAUUCCCGUGCGUCUUUUAUGCUAUCAAAUACAGUAUUGAUGGAAUAGCAAUUAAAUUCUUCGGGUGGUUCUUCGGCGAGAUCAUACGUUUCGUCUCGCCGAGUUAAAAUUUACAAACAACCUAAGUUGUAUAUCCACGUGACCUAUGAUGGCGGCGAAUUUAAGUCGGUGAAAAUCGACAACAAUUUCUUUCAUUUCUUUGAAGCUGACAACAACGGAGUUGUUCGGAGGAGGAGGAUGGCAGCAGAAUGUAGUGCUGUAAAGAAACUUCCCAGUGCUUGGUGGGGACUUUUUGUUACUUUUCAAAAUGAAAGAAAGCCACAUGUUGCAGCUGAAGUCUGGUGGCGAAACAAUUCGAUGUCGAAAUUCGCAGAAAGACCGGAAUUGGAAACUUUGUUGAAGUCUUUCGUUUCUCUCGAACCUCGACUGAUCGAGGAGAAUUUAAUCUUUUGCCCCACCUUCUUUCUUCUGACGGAAUAUUUCCAAAAAUGUUUGCUAUCAUUUUUGACUCAACAUUUGGCUGAACUUCCAGAACAGUCUACACAAGAAUUCCUGGCUACCAUUCAACAAAACAUCCAAUAUGUCCCCAACAAUAGGAUCCAGUCUCUUUUUAACCAUUUUCAGUAUAAUUGUAGAUUAACUUGGAACCAAACUUUUCUUCCAAAUAACCAUUUUCCCCAUGUCAUCUCCAAGCAAAACCAAGAGAUACUAAAUGACAUAUUGAAGUCACCAGCAUCAACUCACCAAUACAAUCCUUUCUUACCUUCAUUUGUUAGAGAGGGACCACAGCAAAUUCCUGAUGGAAACAUUACAAGCACAGAUGAUGUGACCUCUCCAAACCAACAGCAUUCUCUUCAAGAGCAAUGCAUUAACAUAAUAGUGCCAGAAAGUCCAGUCAUUGUUAUUCAUUCUGACAGUUGCAGUGAAGAAUCUAUGGAAGUGGCAAAAGAAGGAGCAAUCGAACCCGAAUCCAGUAAAUCUACAAAUAUUCCAGUUGAAGAAUCCAGCAAACCCCCAUCACCAAUGGAAGUUCCCAAACCCCCAUCACCAGUGGAAGUGCCUUCUCAUGAAUUACCACCAGACAUAGAAAUGAAGGCCAACCAGUUGAAGUAUGUCUGGCAACAAGGAGACAAACCCCAGAACGUGUUACCACCCGAAUUGACCCUUUUUGUUGAAUGUUCAGACCAACAGGUUCACCAAAUCUGCCACAUGUUAGAUGUUGAGUCCCUGUCAGAAUCCUCCUUUGCCAUGAUAUGCAAACAUUUUGCUGAGGUCGGCAAUCAAAUCAGUUAUGCCAACAGCCUGGUCUUGGCCAAAGAUUGUAUUCUUCCCAGGUUUGUGGUGCAGUCCAAGCAAAAUUCUAGGCUCUUAGUCUCUGCAGUUGUGACCUUUAGUCAACAAUUCCCAAAGCCAUUUGUGGAUGGAGUCUUAAUUCCCUGUGCAAAGAACAAAAAAAUUGAUUUACCUCAAGCCAAGCUGUUAACUAUUGUCAAUAAGGAUGCUUUCACUUCUAACACCAGACUCUACCUCCUUGAGCAGCUGUCCAAGAGUUGUCCCAGCAUUGAACCUGGAAUCCUGUUAUUGCUAGAGAAUAUUCUAGAUGGAAAGCUGGAAUUGUCAUCUGACCAACUUUCCCAAUUACUGCAAUGGCUAAAGAAGACAUCCACUUUUGAACAGCAUUCCAAUAGCAAAUAUGGCAGAUUUUUGCUCACAUUUGUAAAUAAACAUAAAAAACAGUUGAAAAAAGAACAUAUUUCUUGCCUUUACCAAAUUGUUGAACACCAUGAGACUUUCUUAAAGAAUACGAUAAUCAGUGCCCUCAAGACUUUAGCAUAACAAUUGGAUGUCAUUGGGGGACAAAGCUUAUUCGUGCGACCUGCUUUUCUGCACAUUUGAAUUGGCAACCUGAAGUCAAAGCUUCUGUAAAUCAUGUGGCAAAUAUUUUAUUUCUAUUCAAGUACACAAAUAAAAGAACAAAGCACAAUGAACAUAGACAAGUGGGUGAUGAAAUACGCAAGACACGGUUUUGGGAAGAAAUUGCAAUCCGUCAGUUUAAAAAUAUAGCCUGGCAAUUUGAAUGUUUAUUCCAGUAUUGUGUGUGGAGGGGGGGGAGGGAAGGUAGAAUGGAU